CAUGCAAGAAGCUACACUCGCAAGUGCAUGAAACCAGUUCACGUGCCACUCCCGUAAGGCGAUAGGUGUCGCGCGCAACAUUGCGAGAAUAGCUUGUCCUGCUGGAACUGUGGUGGGUCCACCUUGGUGGAAAAGCGCAUUUCGUCUCUCCCCCUGGCAGCGAUGAGGCGGCAGCCCGAAAAGUGCUUCGAUUAACUGCGCUUCGCAUUUCGGAAUAUGUCGGCGCACCUAAGGUAGACAGGGGAGGCAGUGAAGACGAGUGGCCGCCUGGUUCCAACAAGGGCAGCAGGCCAGCAAAGUCACGGUAUCGGGCCUCCUGUACUAGAAGCCGGUGCUCCCUCCCGCCAGUAUCGAGGGGCACUCGAGGAGGAGGAAUGGCAUCGCCGAGGGAACGCCGGGCGGAACAACCGCAGCCGGCAACGCCACCGAUGGCGCCAAGGUCGUGGCGCUCGCUCUUGCCGAGAUUUUCCAUUGCACCCCGUUUGCGCGACCUGAUGAGGAAUCUGCGUAUCCGGCGACGAGGCCUGCCCCGCCCUGUACCUGCGCCAGCGGGUGAGGGCUCUGCCAUGGUAGCUGCUUCACAAGGAACAUCAGCGGGCCCAGUAGCCUCUGAGCAUUCUAGUUUCCUUGGCCAAGUGUGGAAGCUGGUCACAUGCAUUUCACCACGCCAGAGAGGCAGCGCUCAAAGUUCAGUUGCAGAAAUUGAUGCGAUGUUGGCAGAGCCUGCCGAUUCUGACAGCAUCGGCGAAGAAAGAGCACCUGCAGACUCCGUUCAAUCUAGCAGUGGACCACAGUUCAGCGGCGUUCCAGGAACGGCGCGUGCUGACUCACUAUAUUUACCAGGACCCAGUGGUGUUAACAUGGCAACAAUGGAGGAGGACAGUAUGGACUACAACUUUAGUGACUCAAGCAGCAUGGCAACGACACAACAAGGGUUAACACAGGACAUUAGUUCAGACAGCCCACUCCACAAACCUCAAGAAGCAGACCCCCAAAGUAUUGAGGCAUCAUGCAGUUCGACAAGUGGCAGGUCUGAACCAGCGGAGCCUUCAAAAGGUCUUGAGACUCAGCCAUGUAGCGACGAAUCAACUUUUACUGAUGAACAAACAGAUACGACUUUCAGUUUUGCGGUGCCAUCCGUGACACUCGCUUUAGCACCAAAUCGGCCGAAGCCUAUAUCACUCAUCCCCGAAAUGCAUCACCCGGAAAUACCUCCAAUUACUUCCGGCCAUCUUUCCGGAGUGAUAGCCGACCGAGUGAAUAGGGCCAGGAGAUCACUGCGCCAGCUCAUAAACAUUCGUCCAUUCAAGAUCAAGCCGAAACCUCUUCCUGAGGCAAGAACAUUUUCAAGUCGAAUGUGGCAAGUCUGUCGCAGAUAUUACCCACAUCGACUAGCUGCUGCAGAAAUAUUGGACCGCCUAGCAGAGCGACUCGGGGGUGACUCGUCUAGCCCUGCACACGUCGUUAAAAACCCCAUCUGCACCCACGAUGAUACAGUAGCGUGCUGGUUGUUAGGCUACCAAGAACUAAUCUGUUCCAUUCUUCUAGUCUUGAAUUAUGAAGUGGUCGAGAACGAGCGGCAAUGCCUUACUCUCCAGCACUUUGAAAGUAUUUUGGAGAGCCUAUGUGCACGCGUCCCUCAUCCCAAUUUCGAACAUCUGGAGGCUCUCACAUUCCUCUUUUGGAUCAUGGAGAGGCAUCGCUGUAUAGACAGUAUUUCUAUGGGACAUAUCCACGUUAUUGAGCCCCUAGGCAACAUUAAUCUCCUCGACAUGAUCACAUUUGCAGGAAAACUUGUUACCGCUCGGAUAGGCGUUGGCUCGCAUCGUCUACCACGGGGACGUGGGAUAUUUGGUGAUAUACAGCGACUGUCUUUUAUUACGCUGUUUCAAGACAUUACUACUCUUCGUGAGCUGUAUUUUUUUGGAUUGCACCUAGAUAGACAAAAUGACCAUGAGAGAGAAAUUCUAGCCGUGAUUGGUAACAAUCGUUCACUGAGAACGCUGCAUUUCCUUCGCUGUAUUUUUUCUCUGCAGCUGAUAUCAGACUUAGUUGAUGUAAUUGCAGAAAGCGAGAAGCUUGAAGAUGUCCGGCUAGACAUGGAAACCAUUGAGCUGUUGCUUCUCCAUGAUGAAGCAUUAAGAAGAUUAGGUACACCAAAAAUGAAUCUUAAGCGGCUUGCUGUUACUCUUAAAGAUGGGUUGAGUAAUUUCUUGGGUGCAAUGGAAUCAACCAGUCACCUCACGCACCUAGAUAUACACAACCGUACUGAGAGUGGAACUUUAGAGGGACUUUCUGAUGCCCUGAGUCCAGAUUCUUCCAUCAGGCACCUGACCAUUUCUCUUAAUUUAGUGGAUCCCCAAGUGAUUGGAGACAUGAACAUUGUCCGAAAGUUCGCCAAAGCCAUUGAAAAUACUAAGUUAAAAGUGUUGACACUACCCAACUCCAGCUUCGCACUAAACAUCAUUAGGCUUCUUGGCGAUGCACUGGCAGCCAACACAGAAAUGAGAGAGCUGGACCUUAGCAAGGCACAUCUGAGGUGCGACUUGGCACUUGAACUCGUGGAACGCGUACUGAAGAGGAAUAGGACACUCUGGGAACUCAAACUGGGAGAGCUGCGCUCUUUUCUAGUGGCGGGUGAAACCGUGGAGCAAAUGGUGUCUUCGCUUGAUGUGCUAGACUACAUCGUAAAAAACACUCCCAUUCUUGACAGGAAUGCAACGCCAGAAUUUGGACCAGAAGCGAGCAAUGUAGGUCACGUCUGGAUAUCGAAAGUUUAUUAUGCGGCAGAAGCGCAGAAACUCCUGGAACUUCUGUGCAAGCGUCUGGUGUUCCGUAGAAUUGAGCUUGACUUCAGCGACAUAUCCGAAGGCCACCAGGAUUACUGUAAUCUCCUUCUCAGCUCUAUGGCGGAAUACCAGACGCGUAAUAUAGAAGUGUUUUCAUUGAAGACAAAAGCAUGUAUAACGGAGGACGUAACGAUAGGUUUAGCAUUGCUCAUUGUUGAAACCAGGAGUCUGACUGCCGUGACGGUAGAGCUCUCAUACGAGUCGUCAGAAAAGGUAUGGGAUGUGUUGCUCGGCGCCUUGGCUCUUAACAUUAAUAUCUCUGUCGUCAGGAUCUAUGGUUUCCUUCAAACAAAAUCAACCCUUGCCUCCUUCCACCACAUGUGUGCCACAAACCGAAGCCUACGACAGCUCGAAAUCAACAUACAGCAAGACAAGGAGAAGUUCAUUCAAGAGCUACCUAAUCUGCUUUCAGAAUGUUACACUUUGACUGAAUUCCAGCUGACUGUAGGCGAAUUAAGGAGCUGGGAACCUGUUACAUUCAUAAGGAAGCUACUUAGGAGAAACCUCCUGAUGAUCAACAUGGGAGUGGCAGCCAUCAUACGACAUAGUGCGGCUCCUCACGGAGGUGGUCUAGCACCCAGUGAGUGGCUCGGUGGCCAAUCAAGUGCUUGGGCCGUAGACGCAGCAACAAAGCACCCUCAGCUUAAAAACAUGGUAGCGAUAGCGGCAGAUUGCUCUUUGGAGGUGGCCACUAGGAUGGUACGAGACGCGCGGUUGUCUGUGAAAAACAACAUACUAAGACGUGCUACAGUCUUCAAAGGUGAGCGGCCAACACAAGCCCACCGAACGCAGGCGGCGGGCUUCCACAGACUUGACGUGGAGUCAGUGCAGCGAAUCUCAAGUUAUCUGAGCUCGUUCGAUAUCAGAUUGCGUAAAGAUUGCGUAUCAGAUUGCGAUUUCAGCUUGCACCCUUUGUGGUUACUUAUUGAAGAUACAAGACGGACGCACCGGAUGGAAGUGCUGCGGCAUCCUGCCGGUGCUCCACAGGCUGAUACAGCUGCCAGCGGCCCGCAAGAGGUUCACGACCAUAGAUUGGCCGAAGCGGCAGCAGUGCGCGAUGUUGUUGCCGGCGGUCCAGAAGCUGCAGGCCAAGACGGCGCAGCCCAUGCUGACACAUUUGCUAUUAUAAAUGCCACAGCCCAUGAAGUUCAAGACGGUGAACUCGUUGAUGAAGAGGUCGGUGAUCGAGUAGGUGACGUAGCUCGGAAUAAUGUGGUUCUCGUGGAAGCUGGCAAUGAGGGUGCAGUUCGAGGUAUUACACCUGGUAUCCACGAGGCCGGAGUCCACGAGGCCGGAGUCCACGAGGCCGGAGUCCACGAGGCCGGAGUCCACGAGGCCGGAGUCCACGAGGCCGGAGUCCACGAGGCCGGAGUCCACGAGGCCGGAGUCCACGAGGCCGGAGUCCACGAGGCCGGAGUCCACGAGGCCGGAGUCCACGAGGCCGGAGUCCACGAGGCCGGAGUCCACGAGGCCGGAGUCCACGAGGCCGGAGUCCACGAGGCCGGAGUCCACGAGGCCGGAGUCCACGAGGCCGGAGUCCACGAGGCCGGAGUCCACGAGGCCGGAGUCCACGAGGCCGGAGUCCACGAGGCCGGAGUCCACGAGGCCGGAGUCCACGAGGCCGGAGUCCACGAGGCCGGAGUCCACGAGGCCGGAGUCCACGAGGCCGGAGUCCACGAGGCCGGAGUCCACGAGGCCGGAGUCCACGAGGCCGGAGUCCACGAGGCCGGAGUCCACGAGGCCGGAGUCCACGAGGCCGGAGUCCACGAGGCCGGAGUCCACGAGGCCGGAGUCCACGAGGCCGGAGUCCACGAGGCCGGAGUCCACGAGGCCGGAGUCCACGAGGCCGGAGUCCACGAGGCCGGAGUCCACGAGGCCGGAGUCCACGAGGCCGGAGUCCACGAGGCCGGAGUCCACGAGGCCGGAGUCCACGAGGCCGGAGUCCACGAGGCCGGAGUCCACGAGGCCGGAGUCCACGAGGCCGGAGUCCACGAGGCCGGAGUCCACGAGGCCGGAGUCCACGAGGCCGGAGUCCACGAACGCGAGGAGAUCUUGGAGCACUUGCUUCAGUAA